ACUUAGUGUGUCCGCGGGGCCGGGGCAGCGCAGAGCGGAGCGUGAGCGCACAGCCCCGGCGGUCGCGGCCCCCGUCAUUGAUGGGCAACCAACUGGACCGCAUCACGCACCUGAGCUACAGCGAGCUGCCGACCGGCGACCCGUCGGGCAUCGAGCAGGACGAGCUGCGGGUCGGCGUGGCGUACUUCUUCUCGGAUGAGGAGGACGACCUGGACGAGCGCGGCCAGGCCGAGCAGUACGGCGUGAAGGGCUCGUCCGGCAGCCCCGGCGGGGCGGACAGCCCGAGCCGCGCCCGCCGCCGUCCGCCGCCGGCCGGGGCGCCGCGCCUGGCGCUCAGCGAGGCGCAGGUGUCCGCCUUCCGCGGCCAGGAAUGCAUCUUCGCCAAGGCGGGCGAGCUGAGCCUGUGCCCCGCCGCCGCCCUGCCCGCCCUGUGCCAGCCCGGCGACCUGCUGGAGCUGCUGGCGCUGGGGCCGGCCGAGCACCCGCCGCACUGGGCCGUCUACGUGGGCGGCGGGCACAUCGUCCACCUGCACCAGGGCCAGAUCCGCCAGGACAGCUUGUACGAGGCGGGCGCGGGCAGCGUGGGCCGCGUGGUGAAUAGCUGGUACCGCUUCCGCCCGCUGGUGGCAGAGCUGGUGGUGCAGAACGCCUGCGGCCACCUGGGCCUCGAGAGCCACGAGAUCUGCUGGACGAACUCGGAGAGCUUUGCCGCCUGGUGCCGCUUUGGCAAGCGGGAGUUCAAGGCGGGCGGGGAGCUGCAGGCGGCUGCUGGCCCCCAGCAGCUGCCCCCCUACUAUCUCCAGGUCCACUUGGGCGAGAGCGAGGUGCACACGGUGCGGUUCCACAGCCUGGAGGAUCUAAUACGGGAGAAGCGCAGGCUCGACGCCAGCGGCAAACUGAGGGGCAUCAAAGACCUGGCGAUAGUGGAUGGGAAAGAAUAAGGAGCAGCAGCAACUGCUGCCUGCCUUUGCCCUGCACCUGCCUCAGGCAGAGGUGGGGGGGUGGGGAGCUGGACUGCCCCCUCCUGUCUGUGGGACCCGUUGGAAACCAGGAUCCAUGGCGACAUUCCAAAAAAACCAAACCAGCAUCCUCACACCCAUUGCCACUUUUUUUUGUUUGGCUUCUAAGGACGUGACUAAGGACAACCCCUUGAGAAAGAGAGCGAAGAAAAGAGGGUGCGUGUCUGUGUGUGUGUGUGUGUAUGUGUGUGAUGUGGGGGGAAGGGAGGGGGCGGGGAAGGCAGCGUGCAAAGUGUGUGGACAAAGUGGCUCCUGUCCUGUUCUUGGCCAUUAGAGCUAACAAUAAAAUUUCAAAUUGCUUUUAUUAUUAUUAUGAUUAAUUUCAUGGCUUUAAUCCACAAGGAGGUUUAAACGUGGGGUACAGUCGAGUUGCAUCAUGUUAGAGUUGGUUAACCGGCUCUGCCUGUCAAGGAAACACACCCAGAAUCAAAUCAUCUGCUAGUUGGAGAGGAUGGGGGGGAGGCAUUUGUGUUUUUGUUUUGUUUCUAAAUGCUGUCCUUCUAGCUUGUAGUUUGUGAGGCCAAAAUAAGGGCUGCAACUAUAGCAAGGUAUUUAUCAGGCAGCAGUGCUUUUACCUCUCUCUCUCUGACUGGAAUUGAUCGUCAGUUUAAAUAUUUUGUUGUCUCUUUCUUUCUGUUUGCACUUCUCUCUCUUAGUUAACUGUCAUCACAAUGCAUUACAUUUCUCCCACUCUCCAUCCCUCUUUUGAAAACAAGAGUUACCAAGCAGCUGUCUUAAGACCAAAGCCAUUCUGCACAAUUGCAUAAGGAACAUGGUGCAUUCUGGAGAACUGUUUACACAGGCAUUGCCCAGAGAUCAAGCCUGUAAGAUCUCCUGCCUGAGCUCCAGGUUUGUAGUGCAUCCCCAGAGCUGCUGCAUCGCUGCCGUGUCUCACUGUACUUGACAUAUUUUCAUACACAGUAAGAAAAUUCUGCAGGGAAGCAGAACUAGGUUUGAAUUGUGCAUGUUGACUUUUUUUUUUUCUCACCUUCCCCCCCCCCCCCCCCAAAAAAAAUAAUAACAACUGUUUCUACAGGUCCAGUUCAGCAAACCAGUAAACAAAAUGUGACUAAAUUUUAAGCUGCAUUUCAAAAAUCCAAUAAACUAAAAACUAGUUUAGCUGCCAUUUAGAAAUCCAAAGCUGCAUAAAUAGAUGCCUUUUUGAUGUGGUGCGAUCAGUGUAUUAUUUGUAGUUCAGAUUCCCGUUCCAUGUUCUCACAUGCUCAAUUCUGUCUUGCAAAAUCAGAUCAUUAAAAUAUCAGCUAGAAUUCUUAAGUACAUUGGGACAUUCCUAAAUUUGUCUAUUAUUCCUUUUUAAAAUUUACCAAUGUGCAUACAAAUUGUAAUGACAUAUUUGCAUGUAUAAAUACCAGAAGGAAUAUGCAUUUGAUUUCUGUUCUCACAUCAAAUAACAGAUGGCAGAGUAUAAAUAAUCCCCCCCCUUUUGUGUAUAUACACUCUACCCUCAUAGAGCUACUGUAUCUUGGUUUCUUCUGUAUUAAACAACUUCAUAAGCAACUUUGUUGCUAAAUUACUUCAUUUGAAAAAGCAAAGUGCUUUUAUUUCGGGACUGAAGUUAUGAGGGUGGAGUGUAUUUCAUUAGAAGAAAGGUAUCGACACUCACACAAGACAUCUGUUAAAAAAAAUAAAUAAAUAAAAGAGAGAAGAAAAUGACAGUUCUAGAAUUGAAGACCAUCUAAAUGGUUUUAUAUUUCAUGAUAUACCUGGCAAAGUUUAUUUGGCAAUAAAAACAAGAGUUUCUUCCCUUCAAAGCCCCAGGGGUUACUACAACAUUUUGUGAACGUAUUACCUGUGUUAAUUGGUAAAGGCUAAGGUGUUUUUUCCAGUAUCAAACAGUUCAUUGAAGGGUUUCAAAUUCCAAGAAGAUACUUGUUAACACUUGUAACAUUUUUUUAUGUUCCUUUUUAAUAAUGUUUAUUGGCUGGUAAAAGUGCCCUUGUCAAUUAAAACAAGAGCAGAAGCUCUUGCAUUGUAUGGCAUCUUAGAUGGCUUUGAGUACACUAAUAGGGCAAGUUCUUAAACUAAUGUGGGGACUGUAGCUUUCUCACUGUAGCUGUGAAAUUGUAUGUUAAAGGAGGACUAAGGGGACAAGGUAGCUUAUUACCAUUAAUGUGAAACCUUUCAUCAAGUUAUGUUUCAUUAGGCAGGUGGUUAGAACAGGGAAGGCAUUAUCAGGCAGCUUUAGUGCCCAAAAGUGCCAAUUAGGAUUGAGGCCCCAUUGUGGUUGCUGCUACAUGAAACCAGAGGAAGAAGAGAGUCCCAGUAUCCAGUGCACUUAAAAUCUAAAGAGGCAAAACAAUAAACAAAGGGUCAGUAGGGAAAUGAUGAGCCUGUGCCCAGCCAAUUUAAUUCCUCCUUUCUUUUUUUAUUGGUGAGAAAAGAAAGGUUAGGGAGAAUGUCAGGGCCUGUCAGUACAUACAGAGCACUUAAGUAGGACCAUACAGAAAUAGAGAAAGUAAUCAGUUGAACUGAGGGAAUUCCUCCAUAUUUCACCUUUUUGUUCUGGAACUGGCAUCUGCUUUCUUUAAACCGCUCUGUGACCUCUAACUCUGUAAAGGGUAGAAUCCUUAAGCAGCAGGGUGUCGCCUCUGUUUGGAUCUGCAGAGUUGGCUGUGCUAUUCUGUAGAAUGUUAAAAAGCCUUACUUUUUAAAUUCUCUUGGGUUUUCCUUGGAGCCUAUCACUAUGUCUGAGCAGUCAUCUUUGGAUUUUUACUAAACAAACCACUUCUUUAUAGGUAAAAAAACAAAAAACAAAAAAAAACCUGACAACAACAAAACAAAACACCUGUGUUUUCUUUCUUUAGCUAUUUUAAGCGUUGGCAAGGACACUGAUGCUGUAGUGGACACAGGAUAUUAGGACAAAGUGUGUGUUAAUUGCAUGGGCCAAAUGACAGUCUUUGGGGCAAAGACAAAGGGACUAGAGUGUGUGUGUGUGUGUGUGUGUGUGUGUGUAUGUGUGUGUGUGUGUGUAUAUAUAUAUAUAUAUAUAUAUAUAUAUAUAUAUAUAUAUAUAUAUAAUCAAAAAGCCCCAGAUGGUGGUUCUAACUUAGGUUCUGCAUUAGAGGUGCUGGAUCAGCCCUAUGGAUCACCAUUUAUACCCACUCCUCCCACUUUUUCUUCCCUUUAGUUUUAGUUCUGGGUUGUUGUAUCAAGAUUACAGGGCAAACAAACCCCAUGGAAAUGAAUGGAAAGACUCGCAUUGAAUCUGAAUCAAGUGUUAUUGUUUAAGUACUGGCUAAAAACUAUGGGCUUUGCAUAAGUGAUAUUUCAGGAGUUAUUUGAGAAGUCAGAAGGGACUUCUGUGCAUAGCAACAUAGGAACAGAUGAUAAAAUGAGGGUACAAGAAGAAGAUAGAGGUAAGGGAACUGCCUUAGUACAGUGGGAAGGUAGGUAAGAGUUGAGAGUAAAAAUGUGAGUGUGGGUUCAGAUCCUUUCAGAGGAGAAUGACCAAUUUAGAACAACAGACUGAAGGCAAGUGGGAGAAGCCAGUAGAAAGAAACAAAGAUGAGACCAAUGUGGAUGAUUAUCAGGCAAAGAAGGGGAUUAGGUUAUGCUCAUCUUUUAGGAUCAGUGACCUGAAAGUUCAUAUUUUCCAGUCCAAAUUAUUAACAAAUUACAUUAUGUUUGUAGGAUGUGUUCACAGUCCUCAAUCAACUUGGGCAAAGUAAAUAUUUAAUCUAGGAGUAGUCAUUUGUUCUUGAAGUAAGCCCUACCAUGCAUCAUACAUGCAAAUAUUCUGGGACAAUUUGCAAAUCCAGCUUUUGUUACAUUGCAGGCUGGCCCUAAACUGGUAUGGCAGUAUUCAGGGAACAGUUUACUGGGGUCUGUUUGAUUCAGUAAUUAUUGUAUUUGUCUCUCCAAAAUGUGAUUAUUUGAAUUAGCUAUGAAUUACUUCAAAAAAAAAAAAAUGUUUUCUUCAAACAUGUAGAGUUUUGUUUUUUUUUCUUCUUGAAAACUGUUUACUAGCACAAUCAGACUGCCAGUUACUGGCUACAAAUACAGAUUGAUGAAAAGAAAUUAUAGCAAACCAUAUUUUGUCCCCAUCAAUUUUAUUUUUCUAAGUUGGUCUCUGUUUUUGCCCAAUUAUUGCUUUCUUAAAUGAAACCUUUCAUUGUAUUUUAUUUAGGCAAUGUUCUGCUAUUGAGCUAUAUAUGGAAUUUACAUUAAACUUAAUAAGAGGA